AUGAAGAAGGACCUUUCUGAGAACAGAAGUGGCGCUAACGGAGAGACCCGUCGAUUUACCCAUCCUCUCCACUCCACACCUUCGACGAAGAUCACUUCGGUGCAAGCUUUUACCUCUGACGAAGACACUUUGCCGACAAAGAACCACUCCUCCGACGAAAGAUCUGAGGUUUGA